AUGUCUUCUGGUCAAAGCGAGAUAAACAAGCUAAAAGAUAUUUUAAGAAAACUGCCACAAGAAAAAAAUGACGAAAAAAAGAGAGAGAUCUUAAAGAAAGUAAUAGCAUAUAUGACAUUAGGUGUAGAUGUAUCUAAGUUAUUUCCCGAUAUUAUAAUGAUGUCUAGCACAAAUGAUAUAAUACAAAAAAAAAUGAUUUAUUUAUAUUUAAACAAUUAUGCAGAAACCAAUUCCGAAUUGUCCAUUCUCACAAUAAACACUUUACAAAAGGACAGCAAAGAUGAAGAUCCCAUAAUAAGAGGUUUAGCUCUUCGUAGUUUUUGUAAUUUAAGAAUUAAUAAUUUAUAUGAAUACAUAGAAGGCCCCUUAUUUAAUGGAUUAAAUGAUAAGAAUUCAUAUGUUAGGCGAAUCGCAAUUAUUAGUUGUGUAAAAUUAAUCAAAAUGAAUCCUCAGUUAUCUAUAAAAAAUGAUAUUAUAAAAAUUUUGAAAAAUAAGUUAUUAGAUAAAGAUUCUCAGUGUAUAAUAAAUGCUGUGCAUGCAUUAAAUGAAAUAUUAAUAGAUGAAGGAGGAUUGAAAGUAAAUAAAGAAAUAAUUUUUAAUAUGUUAAAUAAAAUAUCAACUUUUAACGAAUGGGGGAAAUGUGUAGUAUUAAAUAUUGUUAGUACAUAUAUUCCAGAUAAUGAAGAUGAAAUGUAUGAUAUUAUGAAUAUUUUAGAAAAUCAUAUAAGAGAUUUUUCAUCCGCCGUUUUUUUAGCUUGUUUAAAAUGUUUUCUAAAUUUUUCUGCGAAUGAUCCAAAUUUACAAAUUAAAAUUUUUCAAAGAAUGAAAGAUCCUUUACUUACGUUAAUUUCCACUUCCUCUUACGAAAUUUCCUAUAUCGUCCUGUUACAUACACAUUUGUUAUUGCAUGAAGCAAAUAAAUUGAACUACGGAAUUUUUGAUUAUGAUUAUAAGCAUUUCUUUUUUCGAUACAAUGAUCUCACGUAUAUUAAAGAUAUUAAAUUGGAUAUUCUCGUCUCCGUUGCAGCAAAGAACAAUGUAUUUUUGAUAAUCAACGAACUGAGUGAGUAUAUCUCAGAUGGAAAUGUGAGCAUCGCUCAGAAGGCUAUUUCUUCCAUUGGUUCAAUAGCGUUAAAAAUACCCAAGGCCAUUUCAAAGAUAGUAGAGUUAGCUUUAUCGACAUUUUUACCCAUGAAUUACUCUCACAUAUGCAGUGCUACCAUAAAAAUGCUAGCUAACAUAUUAAGAAAAUAUGAAGAGUAUACAAAAGUAAUUAUUGAAGAAAUUAUAAAACUUGAUAAUAGAUUAAUUGAUAAUGAAGGGAUAAUUUCUUAUUUUUGGAUUAUUGGAGAAUAUUGUGAAUAUAUUGAAAAUGCACCAUAUAUUUUAGAAGAAUAUGUACACUUAACGGAUUGUUCUUAUUUAUUUAUGUUAGAAUUAUUAACGUCAUGCAUAAAAGUGUUAUAUAGAAGACCAUCUGAAAUGAAAAUAAUUGUAUCAAGCCUAUUUGAUAAUAUAUUAAAGAAUUAUAAAUACCCAGAACUUACGGAUAAAAUGUAUUUUUAUUAUAAUAUGUUAAAUUAUAAUUAUGAAGAGGCUUUUAAUAUAAUUGCUUGUAAAAAAAAGUUAGUAAAAAACUUUUGCGAAUCAUAUGAAAAUAUAUUAUUAGACAAAUUAUACAAUGAGUUCAACACAUUAUCUGUAUUAUAUAAACAGCCUGUAAAUAAAUUUGUAGAAUAUUCCAAAAUAUGUUUUGGGGGAGUAUAUGAUCCUGAAGAAAAUGAUGAUAAUGGUGGUAAUGGUGAUAAUGAGGACAUUGAUGAUAAUGGUGAUAAUGUUGAUAAUGGGGAUCAUAUGAUUAUACAACCGAAUGACUUAAACAGAUUAAAUGUAAAUGAUAAUAAAGAUCAUAAUAAAAAUCAUAAGUCUGAAAAAAACGACAAUUUUAUUAGCAGUAAUAAUAUUCACACCUCCUUCUCUUACAAAACAUGUAAUAAUUUACUGAGCAUGAAUGAAGAUAUAUUACUAAAUGAUGAUAAUAGGAGUAGUGCAAACUAUAAUAGUACUGUUAGUCAGGAUAUAUAUAGUCAAAAUAAGGAGUCAGAAAAUGUUCCCAUCCAUUAUACUACCAAGAAUUUGAAUCAUAAUAUUAUUACGACCGUAUAUAAUAAAAACAAAAAAAAAAAAUCCUUCAAUAAUGGCAGUAAUAAUAAUAAUGACCAAAGUGAGAAUGAAGGGGGAAAAAAAAAGUCACAUGAUUUAUUUGAUAUCCAUAAUUCUAAUAAUUUUAAAAAGUUAAAAGAAAUUUUAAUCGAUGCAGAUCAUAUUAACCCAGAAUUUUAUCAAGAACAAUGGAAUGUUUUACCAGAACAAAAUAAUGAGAAAAUAUUUUUACGAAAAAAUUACUACAAUUUACAAAUAGAAACUAUUGAUGAGCUAUUAUCGAAAUAUAAUAUUAUUACACUUGCCUCAGGGGAAAUUGAUCAAUGUUUAAAGUUUUACAUGUAUUCUCAAUUUUAUACAAAGCAUUAUAUAUUUAUUGAGCUUAUUUUUAAUAAAGUAGAAAAUUCAAUUAAUUGGAUAUUGAAAUCCCAGUGUAACAAUCUUGACAUUACUGAAAAAUUUACUGACUAUUUUAGAGACAUAUUUUUAGACUUUAUGUAA